AAACUUCAAGCCAAACAAACUCUGAGAUUACACCUCUCAACCUCCUCCUCCCCUUCAGAGAGCUAAGGUCGCUGUGAGACUUCUGUCUAGGGGCAACCCAGGGGAGGCAGGGGGCUCAGAGUAAACCGACUACUCUUCCCCGCCCAUAACAUGGGCUUUGCCCUGGAGCGCUUUGCAGAAGCUGUGGACCCGGCUUUCCAGUGCAAGCUGUGCGGCCAGGUGCUGGAGGAUCCCCUGUGCACGCCUUGCGGCCACAUCUUCUGCGCCAGCUGCCUGCUGCCCUGGGCGGCGCGGAGACGCCGGUGCCCGCUCCAGUGCCAACCGCUGGCGCCAGGAGAGCUGUAUAGAGUGCUGCCGCUGCGCAGCCUCAUCCAGAAGCUGCGCAUCCAGUGCGACUACCGCGCGCGUGGCUGUGGCCACACAGUCCGGCUGCAGGAGCUGGCAGAGCACGUCGAGCACUGUGACUUCAGCCCAGCCAGUCACUGCCGCAGCCUCGCGGGCUGCGCCUUGGGCCGGGGCGGCUACCGAGACAGCGGGGACGUACCCGCGAGGGGGGGCUGCAGGCCAGAGACCAGAGCCCGUCCGGGCGGGGACACAGGCAGGGGGUCACCAGGCGGCCGCUGCAGCAGCGGACCGGGGCCGGAGCCUCAGGUCCUCGCCUGGAGGCAACGUGAGAAGGCGCUGCUCGAACAGCUCUGGGCGCUGCAGGGCGAGGUACAGCUCACAGCCCGCAGGUAUCAGAAGAAGUUCACCCAGUACAUGGCUCACAUCCGCAACUUCGCCCGGGACCUGGACCGCGGCCACCGCAGGGAUGGAGAACAGAAACCAUUCACCAUCGUGUUAGAAAGAGAAAAUGACACCUUGGGAUUCAAUAUUAUAGGAGGUCGACCAAAUCAGAAUAAUCAAAAAGAAUCAUCUACUGAAGGAAUUUAUGUUUCAAAAAUAUUAGAAAAUGGACCUGCUGACAGAGCAGAUGGCUUGGAGAUUCAUGACAAAAUCAUUGAGGUCAAUGGGAAGGAUCUCUCAAAGGCCACCCAUGAAGAGGCAGUGGAAGCUUUUCGAAACGCCAAGGAGCCCAUCGUGGUGCAGGUGUUAAGGAGAACUCCUCUCAAUAGACCCACCUAUGGAACGGUCCCGGAAGUGCAGCUCAUGAAUGCCAGCACCCAGACUGACAUCACCUUUGAACACAUCAUGGCCCUGGCCAAGCUUCGGCCACCUACCCCUCCAGUGCCAGACAUCUGUCCAUUUCUGCUAUCAGACAGCUGCCAUUCUCUUCAUCCGAUGGACCAUGAAUUUUAUGAGGACAACGAGUAUCUUUCCAGCUUGCCUGCUGAUGCAGACAGAACAGAGGACUUUGAAUAUGAGGAGGUCGAGUUGUGUCGUGUUAGCAGUCAGGAGAAGCUCGGUCUGACAGUCUGCUACAGAACAGAUGAUGAAGAAGACAUGGGCAUUUAUGUCAGCGAGGUAGAUCCAAAUAGCAUCGCUGCCAAGGAUGGACGGAUUCGAGAAGGGGAUCGAAUUUUGCAAAUAAAUGGGGAAGAUGUCCAGAAUCGAGAAGAAGCAGUGGCAUUGCUGUCUAGUGAUGAGUGUAAGAGAAUCGUGCUGCUUGUUGCAAGGCCAGAGAUUCAGCUGGAUGAAGGCUGGCUGGAAGAUGAAAGGAAUGAAUUCUUAGAGGAGUUAAACUUAGAAAUGUUGGAAGAACAGCAUAAUGAAGCAAUGCAGCACACUGCCAAUGAGGUGGAGCAGCCAAAAAAGCAAGAAGAAGAAGAAGGCACAACAGACACAGCAACAUCCUCCUCCAACAACCAUGAGAAGGACAGUGGGGUGGGGCGCACAGAUGAGAGCCUGAGAAAUGAGGAGAGUUCAGAGCAGGAGAACACAGCAGAGGACCCCAGCGGUACAUCUUUGAAGAGCAAGAGAGAGCUGGGGCAAAGCCAAGACACCCUAGGAAGCGUGGAACUUCAGUGCAACGAGAGCUUUGUGUGUGGUGAAUACAUUGACUCAGACUGUGUUGGCAACCACGAUGAGGAGUGUGAAAGAUUCCGGCAGCUCUUGGAGCUCAAAUGCAAGAUUCAAAACCAUGGAGAGUAUGACCUGUAUUACUCAAGCAGCACAAUUGAGUGCAAUCAGGGGGAGCAAGAGGGAGUGGAGCAUGAGCUACAGUUACUUAAUGAAGAGCUAAGAAACAUUGAACUUGAGUGCCAGAAUAUUAUGCAGGCUCACAGGCUCCAGAAAGUGACAGACCAAUAUGGAGACAUCUGGGCUUUACAUGAUGGAGGCUUCCGAAAUUACAACACCAGCCUCGAUAUGCAAAGGGGGAAAUUAGAUGACAUCAUCGAACAUCCAGAGAAGUCAGACAAGGACAGUUCUAGUGCUUAUAACACAGCUGAAAGCUGCAGAAGUACACCACUAACCGUAGACCGUUCCCCUGACAGUUCCCUUCCCAGAUUGAUCAACCUCACCAAUAAGAAAAACCUGAGAAGCACAAUUGCAACCCACCAAGCACCUUCUGGACAGAGUAGCAAAGAGUCGACAUCCACCAAAGCCAAAACCACUGAACAAGUUUGUAGCAUUGAAAGCCAGGAGAAGAGUUUGGAAAGCAGCACGCUUCCAGAUCAUGAGAAGACAGUUAGUGAACACGUCCCUUACCUCUCUCCUUAUCACAGCUCCUCCUAUAGGUAUGCAAACAUCCCAGCCCACGCUCGCCAUUAUCAAAGCUACAUGCAGUUAAUCCAACAGAAGUCUGCGGUGGAGUAUGCCCAGAGCCAGCUCAGUCUGGUGAGCAUGUGCAAGGAAUCUCAGAAGGGUUCCGAGCCCAAGAUGGAGUGGAAGGUAAAAAUUAGGAGUGACGGGACCCGGUACAUCACCAAGAGACCAGUGCGAGACCGAAUUCUGAAGGAACGUGCCUUAAAGAUCAAGGAGGAGCGGAGUGGCAUGACCACAGAUGAUGACACCAUGAGUGAGAUGAAAAUGGGGCGCUACUGGAGCAAAGAGGAGAGGAAACAACACCUGGUUCGGGCCAAAGAGCAGCGAAGGCGCCGGGAGUUCAUGAUGCGGAGCCGGCUGGAAUGCCUUAAGGAGAGUCCUCAGAGUGGCAGCGAGGGCAAGAAGGAGAUCAACAUCAUUGAACUGAGUCACAAAAAGAUGAUGAAAAAGAGAAACAAGAAAAUUUUAGAUAACUGGAUGACAAUCCAAGAACUGAUGACCCAUGGCGCCAAGUCUCCCGAUGGCACAAGAGUUCAUAAUGCCUUUUUGUCAGUCACCACCGUAUGACCAAAUGAAUGGAAUGCAACUGAUUUUCAGAGGGUGCUACCAGUUUCGGUAGAGUAUGAUUGCCUCGUUCAAUGUGGCGUUUUUAUAUAUAUUUUGUGACUCUUUAUAGUUUAAAUUUUUUGUAAGCAAAAUAACCUGGUAAUUUUUCAUUUGUUUUUCAUAUGCCAGUACCUUCUUUUUUUGGCUGAGAUCUUUUCCUUAACUUGUGAUAUAUUCAUAUUACUCAUUUAUAAAAAACAAAACAAAACAAAAAAAUGAAAGGAAACAAACAAAAAACUUGAACAAAAAUACUGAGAAGCCAAUUAAUUUCCUACCUUAAUGAUCUAUUGUAAGUUAAAAAUCUGGAUUUAUUUCUCUAGUUUACUUAUUUUCUACUUUAAUAAUUCAAUGCCAAAACAAUUUCUAUGCUUGCUUCUUUGCAUAAUAUGUACUAAUUUGAACCUGUUAAUAAAUAACAUGCCACAUCCUGUUUACACAUAUAAACACCUCUUUUUAACACCUUGUACUUUUAACACAUAAUGGCCGUUGUCUUUGUCUCAGUAAAGUGUAGGUGGACAAUCUUCCUGUGAUUUGUAGUGACAUUGGUCAUGUAGCUAGGUAAUUGUGAUAACUGUGACAAUAAAAAAGAAAUAAAUUAUUGAUUAUCCUUAAGAAAAGUUAUCAAGGAGUGUUUUAUUUUCAUUGUCCACUGUGGUUAUAAAUUAGUUAUACAUGUAUACUAUUUAGAAGACUCCUAAUUGUGGAUUAUAAACUGUGUACAUUUCUAUCACUUUUUUUUUCAAUAAAGUUGUCUUGAACCACUUCUUAUACAGAUCAUUGUGUCACAUAUUCCUUCCAGGAUCAAAUUAGAUAUGUACAGUGCCUAACAGAUGCUAACUAAACAUUCAGUAUAUAUUCAUGCUCCUCUUGCCUGCCACUCAUGUCAUACAAAGCCAAGAAAAAAAUCAGGGAAGAUGGAAAGAGGAUCAGUAAAGUGCUUGAGAUUAUUUAUAAUGAUAGGAUGUAUUUUAGUCUGCUCAGGCAGCUAUAACAAAAUAGCAUCUACUGGGUGGCUUAAACAACAGGAAUUUCUCACAGUUCUCGAGACAGAAAGUGAAGAUCAAAUGUGCCGGGGUUAGAGUUUUCAGCAUAUGAAUUUUUGGAAGACAAAAUUUAGUCCUUAGCACUUAGUUCAUUUAUUGAGUUGAUAAUUUAGGAAUAAAUUUUGGAAAGCCAUCUCGGCACUAAUUUUCAGCAGAAUCAAAUGCCUUAUAUGUCAGUUUAUUAAAAGGUAAGAUUGUUAGAUGAUUAGACAGAUUUUUUUAAAUCUAGUUUUUCUUCAUUUGAACUGAUAAAUCAUAUCAUAGGUUAAUCAAUCACAAGCUCCCAGAGUGAAAGGCCAGAUCAAAUUUGUGCAUGCAAACAUGAGUUUGAUCUUGUUUUCAUUCAACCCAAUGUGUCGUUUUAAUAUAAUGGAUACACAACAUCUGGAUUAUUUCCGAAGCUUCUUUCCUGUACAAAACCCACAGUGUCGUCCUAUCACCUCUUGAAUUAGACUCUGAUGCCUUGCAUUAUAUUCAAGGCCCUCCAUGAACUUGCAGCUUUGCCUACUGUUCCUCCAAUACAGAUCUUUUCUGAAUUAUUCCUAGCUCCUGUUCUUCCUGCUGAAGUUAUGUUAUUUUCUGUCUGAGAUUUCUAGCAAAUCCUAUUCCUCGCUUAGAUGGUGACACAUUUUCUUGUUGGAGCCUGUUUGAUUACAUGGGACUUUCUCAGGUCUGUGGUAUACAUGAGUGUGCAUAUUGUUUUACCUUGGAAAUUUUAUUCUUUGAUUAUUAAAUCACGUGCAUAAAACUUAUUGUGUCCCAACAUAGAUUUCAAGUUCAUGAAGGGAGGUCACUGUGUCCUCCUCUGUCUUUGUAAGCCUCUGGUAGAAUGCCAUUUGAAUAAUGAUAUCUACUAAUUGAGCUAGAUUACUUUAUUCAUUUCUCUCAUCCACAUAUUAGUCCUUAUGCUUCUGCUUUCCUUACUCUUCUAACCUUCCCAGUUCUUGCCUUUUGAAGGGAUAUCACAGAGGAAAACUAACUUAUAAAUAAUGAAAAGCUGGAACCAAAAAUUUUGAAAUAAUAGUAGUAACAGCAAAGUAAGUCAACUGAAAAAAAGUCCUCACUUCUAAUUUUAGCCACUGUUAGUACAGUAGCCUAGCCAAGAAUACUCUGCAUACACCCAGAGUUAACAUUUGACAUUAUGUUUUAAAAAAGAAUACCUGCCUGUCUUAAGAGUUCAGUUCUUUCAAUACCUAAACGUGUGAUUACUGCAACUUGAACCAACAUGUGGAUUUUCCUAAAGAAGCAUUUAUACAUCUCACAGAAUGCAGUGUUUCCAAAGUUACCAGCUUAGUUUUAAUUUUAGGAAGGACAAGUAUGCUUGCCAAUUUAAAAAAAAAAGUGACAAUGUUUUUCAUGUUUGUGUUUAUGCAGUUCUACAAGUUGAGAAAUGUUUCUCUUUUAAAAAUCAGUGAAAAUCUAAAAUGUGUUAUGCUUUAUCUUUCCAUAUAAUCUACCUUUGUGCUAAACAUGUCUUUUUGGUAAAUGAAAAAUAAAUCUGUUGCUGAGCAAAAAAAAAA